AUGUGGAAGCAAUUCAGUUUACAAGGAACAUACAAGUGGAUCCCAAUUGUUAAGAAUCUUGUUCAGUCUUAUAAUGACAGCAAACAUCGCACAAUCCGUAUGAAACCAAAGGAUGUCACUGUUGCAGAUGAGAAGUACCGCUUACAUCAUGUUUAUGGAAAACUCAAAGCUCCUCACACGAAGAGAAUCAAGUUCAAAGUUGGAGAUAAAGUCCGCGUCAGCAAAUAUAAGAAUAUUUUUGAAAAAGGUUAUACACCCAACUGGUCAACAGAGAUAUUCACGAUAAGUAAAGUUAUACAUACCAAACCUGUGACUUAUAAGCUCAUCGAUUAUGAGGAGAAACCUAUCGAAGGUGGAUUCUAUCAAGAGGAAUUAACGAAAGUAACGCAUCCAGAUGUCUAUCUUGUGGAAAAAGUACUCACAAGGCAUGACAGAAUGGCUACUAUGAAAAGGAAGCGUGAUACAUCUUUCUGCGAUGGACUAAAUAAAAUUGCUCUUCAGGAGAGCUCCUUUUUGCCUAUGAAGAAAAUUGAUGAGCUCAAGAUGAAGAAGCUCUACAAAAUCACUGAAAUCAGGUUCGCAAACACGCGGUAUGGAACAAAAGCAUUGGUCGUCUUGAAAAACAAGUUCACCAUUUGGUUACCAGGCAGGAUUUCUUGUAGAUUAUUAGAGGAACAAGAAGAGCUGAAUUCAUUCCAACAAGCUGCCAAUGAGGGCGUUUUGAACAUGAAAUUCCUGGAGGACAAACAUCACCCUUGUGAAUUUCUCAUCAUCGGGAAAGAUAACCAGAAAAGUUAA